GGGAGGUGGUACAGUCCGACCAAGAUGGCGGCGGUGACAGGAGGGAUCUCAGUCGCGGGGCCCGGCCGCUUCUACUCGGUGCCCGGCUCCGAGCUGCCGGGGGGGGUGGGCCGCACGCUGAAUCCCAUGGUGACAGGGACCUCAGUGCUGGGGGUCAAGUUCGACGGUGGGGUCAUCCUGGCCGCUGACAUGCUGGGCUCCUACGGUUCGAUGGCCCGCUUCCGGAAUAUUCCCAGGCUGAUGAAGGUGAACGACAACACGGUCCUGGGUGCGUCGGGGGACUACGCGGAUUACCAGUACCUCAAGCAAGCCAUCGAGCAGAUGAUGAUUGAUGAAGAGCUGCUUGGAGAUGGACACAGCUACAGUCCCAAAGCCAUUCAUUCCUGGCUUACCAGAGUCAUGUAUAACAGGCGAUGUAAGUUGAAUCCCCUGUGGAACACCGUCAUCAUUGGUGGGAUGAACAACGGCGAGAGUUUCCUAGGUUACGUGGACAAACUGGGGGUCGCCUACGAGGCUUCGACAGUGGCGACUGGCUUCGGGGCGUAUCUGGCACAGCCCCUGAUGAGGGAGGUAGCAGAGAAGCAGCAGAUCUCCAAAGACGAGGGUCGCCAGCUGAUCGAGCGUUGCCUGAAGGUGCUCUACUACCGCGACGCACGCUCCUAUAACCGGUAUCAGAUUGCGACUGUGUCAGCAGCUGGUGUAGAGAUCGAGGGCCCGAUAUCGUCAGAUACCAACUGGGAAAUCGCCCACAUGAUCAGUGGGUUUGAAUAGAAGGAUGCUACGUGUUGACAGGCAGCGAAUCACUCCACACAGGAUCUGCCAUGUUCUCUCUGUACUCAUUGACUCUUAAAGCCACUGUCUGUUUGCUGGGAUGCCUGUGGGACAUCUCUCUGUUGUAUUUGCUACAGGGUACAUGUUUAUAACCUGCUGGGGUAAGGGCUUGAAAUAAAGUUACCUUCUGGAA